AUGGCAUUCAAGGCCUAUAGUGUUGAUCAAUGUCGGUGGUUAGGGGUCGCAGGGACGCAGGAGGUGUCGGUCGGGUCCGAAGUGGGCUCUGAGGACAACCUCGGGGCGCGGAUUGGAUACUAUCAAAAUAGCAGAGAUGGAGAAGGGAACGGCCGAGACUCGCAAAUAGGGGAAAGCAUGUGA